AUGACAAUACUCAGCAAUUUUCUGCGAAUCACAAAUUCGUCUAGAUCUUGGAAAACUGAUAUAUUGAUACUAGCACGACGCACGCUAUCUAGUCAUGGGACAUUCGACUACGAUCUGGCGGUUAUUGGAGGGGGUUCUGGAGGCUUGGCCUGUGCAAAAGAAGCUGUAAAUCAUGGAGCGCGAGUUGCUGUGUUAGAUUAUGUGACCCCAUCUCCACAAGGAACAAAAUGGGGGCUCGGUGGUACUUGUGUCAAUGUUGGAUGUAUACCUAAGAAACUGAUGCAUCAAGCAGCAUUACUUGGUGAAAGCAUACACGAAGCAAUCGCCUAUGGCUGGGAAGUUCCUUCACCCGAGGCUAUCAAGAUCAAUUGGGCAGCGUUGACGGAGGCCGUACAGAACCACAUCAAAUCCGUCAACUGGGUGACCAGGGUCGACCUUAGAGAUAAGAAGAUCGAGUACAUAAACGGCCUUGGAGAGUUCAAAGACCCCCACACUCUCGUUGCAACACUAAAGAACGGGAGCAAGAAGGAGCUGACGGCUAAGAACAUAGUGAUAGCAGUGGGCGGCAGACCCCACUACCCUGACAUUCCUGGUGCUGUUGAAUACUGCAUUAGCAGUGACGACAUCUUUAGUCUGAGCUACCCACCCGGGAAGACGCUGGUUGUUGGAGCUGGAUAUAUCGGUUUGGAAUGCGCUGGAUUCCUAAACUCUCUCGGAUUCAACGCGACGGUGCUGGUGAGGUCGGUACCGUUGCGAGGUUUCGACCAACAGAUGGCGCAGAUGGUCACCAACGAGAUGGAAGAGAAGGGAGUGAAAUUCCACCACAAGUGCAUUCCACUCUCCGUGGAGAAACUGGAGUCCGGGCAGCUUAAGGCGCGCUGGCAGAACACUGAGACUGGCAAACAGUUUGAGGACGUAUUCGACACUGUCCUUAUGGCGACGGGUCGCUAUGCUCUCACCAAGGCGUUAAACCUACCAGCAGCCGGCAUCACUUGCGUGACGAAGAACGGCAAGAUAUCGGCGGCUACGGAGCAGACGAACGUGCCGCACGUGUACGCUGUGGGCGACGUGUUGGACGCGCGGCCCGAGCUCACGCCGGUCGCGAUCCACGCGGGCCGCCUGCUCGCGCGCCGCCUCUUCGCCGGCGCCACCCAGCCCAUGGACUACGACAACAUCGCCACCACCGUCUUCACGCCGCUAGAGUACGGCUGCGUCGGCCUCAGCGAGGAGCUCGCGAUCGAGAGGCACGGCGCGGACAACAUCGAAGUGUACCACGCCUUCUACAAGCCGACGGAGUUCUUCAUCCCGCAGCGCAACAUCCGCAACUGCUACCUGAAGGCGGUGGCGGAGCUCGCGGCCCCGCAGCGCAUCCUGGGGCUGCACUUCGUGGGGCCGGCCGCCGGAGAGGUCAUCCAGGGCUUCGCCGCAGCCAUCAAAUGCGGCAUCACAAUGGAACAGCUCAUGAACACUGUGGGUAUCCACCCCACGGUGGCGGAGGAGUUCACGCGACUCAACAUCACCAAGCGCUCCGGCAAAGACCCCAACCCCGCCUCCUGCUGCAGCUAA